UCCACUUUCGGCCCACGGCGAUAAAGCCUGAGUCACCUGAGAGGGCUGGUCAGGCCUGUUGUGAAAGUGGCCAUUUUUGUUAGAGUGCGACUGCAGUACAACAGCUUGGCUUGGGCAAGAAGAAUCAUGGAUUUAAACUUCAUAAUAUAUCUUUCAUUGGGCAACUAAGAUUCCUGCGCAGCUGAACGACAACAGCCCAAGCAUGCGAGGCUGGAGAAAGAGCCCAGCGAUGGACAUAGACUCCAACUGUGUGGACAGAGACGUGGACAGAGACUCCUCAUCAUGGAGCGAAGACGUGGACUCGACUCCAGGCAAACUGGAGGAUGCUUCUGCCAGAAGUGACUCUUCACCCGGUCCCCCCCCCACGCCCAAUCAGGGAGAGAGUGUUGAAGAGGAGAGGUCAUUAACGCAGCAAAUCAGAUCUCUCUUCCCAAAGACACUGAGCGGCCUCUUUGAAAAAUGGACGACGAACGGCGAUGAUGAUGAUGCUGACGUCAGUGAUAAUGAUGAUUAUCACUUCAAUCUCACAGGGAUUAAAAUCCUGCCUAACGGCACCAGGGUGAGCCCCCCCGUGAGCCCUUACCUGGAGAGACGCUGGGACCACCUGGGAGACUCACUGAGAUCUAGUAAGGGCUCUCAGAAACCCUUGAUAACCAGCGGCCCUCCAGACAAUUACAGGGCUUACGAAGCUCUUGAGGGCUCUGAGUUGACGAGCCUUCAUCCAGCGGAGUACUAUGCUGAGAAGGUCGAGGUCUAUAAGAUGAAAUACUCCUACUUAAAAUCAUGGCCUGGACUACUAAGGCUCUUGGCUGGACUAGAGCUCCUAUUUGGGGGGAUGGUCUUGGCAUGUGUCUGUGCCUACAUUCAGAAAGACAGCGAAUGGUCAAACUACUAUUUACCAACUAAUCUGAACAGUUUCACUGGAUCAGGGUCCAACUACAAUGGACCUAUGACGCCUUUCGUGAUGGCGGUGAUUGGUCUGACGUGGAUAGUGACCAUCGUCCUCCUGGUGCUGGGAAUGACCAUGUACUACCGCACCAUCCUGCUGGACUCCCCCUGGUGGCCGGUCACCGAGGGUGUCAUCAACGUAGCCCUCUUCCUGCUCUACAUGGCAGCGGGCAUUGUGUACAUCAACGACCUGAACCGCGGCGGCCUGUGCUUCAUGACAGUCGGAGUGAACCCCAUCAUGUCCAGCCUCUGCCGCGUGGACGGGGGACAGAUGGCCGGCACGGCCUUCCUCUUCAUCAACAUGCUCAUGUACCUGAUCAGCUUCCUGGUGUGUCUGAAGAUGUGGCGGCACGAGGCCGACCGCAGAGCAAUCGAGGCCAUGGGCAGCAUGACACAGGUACCUCCCUCUGUCGGCACCGCCAAAGCCAAGUCCAAGAGGAUUGUGUUCAAGGAUGAAAUUGAUCAGCCUGCAAGGAAAACCGACCAGACCCACAUUCCGCAGAGAGCCGAGGGACCAGACACUCUGCGUGGAUCCAUUCCCAGCGGAUACGUCCCAAAGCCUCGGGUCAUUCCAGAUUACAUUAUGAAGUAUCCUGAGAUCACGACGGUGGAGGACAGAGAGCAGUAUAAAGCUGUGUUUAAUGACCAGUAUCAGGAAUACAAAGAGCUUCACAAAGACAUCAAUGUCACUCUGGCUAAAUUCAGUGAGCUGGAUGCCAUGAUGAGCAAGCUGUUAAGGAACCUCAACACCUCAGAGGACCAGAGAAGGAUUAAUCAAAUGCUGAAAAAAUUCGAACAAAAGAAAAAUGAUCCCUCAUUUUUAGAGAAAAAGGAUCGCUGUGAGUAUCUCAAAGCCAAACUCAGCCACAUCAAGAACAGGAUCAGGAAUUUUGAUGAGCAAAUGUCAGACAACAGCAAAACAUGAUGAGAUGCCACAAUAUUGCUCAGUAGCAUGUACGACAGCCCACCCGUAUACAGUCCACACUUCAGCACUCCCUCAGAUAGGUUUUACACAUCUAGGAAUGUGCACUCCCCACGAACAUACUACAGCCACGACCCAGCACCGCCUGAGCCACUGUACAUGGAUGGAAACCUGCAGCAUUUCUACAGGUGGUUCUCGCCCCCAGGGAUUGUGAAAAUGAUGGAGGGGGUCUGUGUGCUCCUUUGCUUCAUCAUCUUUGCGUGUGUCGCCUCCACGUUAGUCUGGGACAUGCACGGCUACGAGGCCAGCAUAGGAGGUUACGUGUCAGGCGGAGGAGGAGGAGGAGGGUUUGGUUACAACGGAGGGGUUGGAGCAGGCACAGGCUCAGGCUACUAUGGAGGAUCCUACGGAUACCACAGCUCUUACAUGACCCCCUAUUCUGCAAAGAGCGCUAUGAUCUCUGUGGCAGCCAUCAACUUCAUAAUUGCCUUGGUGUUCCUCGUGGCCAGCUUCUCCAAAACCCGCACUGUACACGGGCGCAGGUUCUACCUGACGGUGCUGGUGGUGGAUGUGUGUCUGGGCAUCCUGCAAUGCAUCAUCAACAUCAUAUUUGUCAUCGGUGUCAAUCCAAUGGCACAGAGCUCUCAGAGCAUGCUGUAUAACCCCAUACUGAUGAUGUGUCAGACGCCACAGAAGCCCAGCAUCAGCGGAGGUGCAGGGGCAGGGUUUCCUGGCUCAUAUCCGAUGUUUAACCAAUAUCUGCACCACUACUGUUACAUGGAUCCAGAGGAGGCUGCUGCUCUGGUCUGUGGUAUAUUGGUUAUGGUAGCACUGAUUACUGCUGCCUACUUCUCCUAUAAAACUCGCAGUAAGAUCUGGUAUCAUGGUAAACCCAACAUUAUUUGGGAGGAGCCAUUCCCCAGCCCAGUGGGGAGAGAAGGGCCAGCUGAUUGGUUGACUAGUGUGGGAAGCUCCCUUCUGCCCCCUGCAGUGGUGGUAUCAGACAAGUCCACCCCUGACCUGAAGAAGGAGCCCAGCAUCAUAUCCUCCCCGGACCAGACCGUCAGUGUGGUCAGCGGAACCACUUAUGACACCGUUUACUCUGAGAACGUCUACAGCGCUCCUCCCGAGCCUUUGUACCAGGACAACGGGAUCAGCUCCAGUGCUUUCGAAGUAGCUGAAGUCCAGUGGACCCCGGCUCAGGCCCCCAAAGCUCAGGGCCAGGCCUCGGCCUCAGAAGAAGAGCAGUAUGAGGCUGGGUACUCCACGAGGACUGGGAUGGCCCCUGAGCUGGACACAGACAGAUGGGAGAGUAGUCAGGCCCAUCUGUCGUUCAACAGCAUGUAUCCAGAGAUCCGCUCAGAUACACAGAGGCAGCAGUACAGGCGGGAGUUCGACUUGGACCUGGCUGAGUACAAGCGCCUCUGUGCCGAGAUGGACGACAUCGGUGACCAGAUGAACAAAUUGAGCAGGGAGCUCGACACCCUCCAGGAGGGAUCCACCAAGUUCCAGGCUGUUGCUGAGGAAUACAAUCGACUCAAGGACUUGAAGCGGGCCCCUGACUAUCAGUCUAAGAAACUGCAGUGCAAGGAACUAAAGCAGAAAUUGUCCCACAUCAAGCGUUUGGUGAGGGAAUAUGAUGAGGACUUUUCUUAGAUGUGGAAAUGUAUGCCUGCCUGAAGGGCCAUCCACUGGAACACUGCUCCAUGAUAGCCAUCCCACGAGAGCCUGAUACUCUUAGCCACGGGCCAGUCACUAGCACUGCUGAGGCACUGAAACCUCCCUCCACAGGAGCCGGAGGCUGCUUGGCCAUCUGAUCACGCUCUGCUCAGGCUACAGCUGUGUGUAAGUAUUAUCAUCCUAGCACAGCGGUUGUAAAAUUAUCUUAGUUCAUUAUCGGUGUGUGGACUCAUCAGGCUGUAUAUCUAACCACCUGAGUGUAACGAGAGCAUCAUAGGGGUAUUUAGCUUAAGUCUCAACACCACCAAGUCAAAAUGGGUCAUAUUAAAAAGCACUGUUUUGUUUGCAUGAAGAAAGAAGUUCUUCCUUUACAUUUUGUUGCUGUGAUUUUCUUUUCUUUUUUUUUUAAAUAAAUAGGCAACGUCAAAGAAGUCAUGAAUUUAUUCACAUAUAUGUAUAUUUUGGACAUUACACAGAAUCUUUUUCAUUACCAAACAAAUUUGAGAAAGUGUUCCUGUUCACUAUUAUGGUAUAUUAAUAAAAUUCUGAGUUUAUGAACACUCACAUAUCA